AUGCUGAGCCCCCGGUUGGGAGACUCCGGUUCCGUAGACCACGACCCCUUCAAACACCGAAACCGGGUAUCAUCGAUGGCACAUGAGGACUGUCUAACACUGAUAGUCUGGACCCCGAGUGAACACCCACUCGAUAAACCUACCGGUGCUUUAAAGCCGGUAAUGUUUUCCAUACAUGGCGGUGCCUUUUCUAUUGGCUCCAUAUACUCGUCAGUAUUCAACGCCAGCGUACUGUCCACUUAUGGCACAGUAGUUGUGUCGGUUGGCUAUCGGUUGGGACGGUUAGGCUUUCUAUACGGUGGAGACGACUCGGCGCCCGGAAAUGUAGGCCUCUAUGACCAACAGUUGGCACUGAAAUGGGUGCGGGAUAAUAUACACGCAUUUGGUGGGGAUAGGGAUCAGAUGACUGUAUUUGGCGAGAGCGCCGGGAGUUGGUCCAUAUCGGCGCACAUAUUGUCGCCCCUAUCGCGGGGUCUAUUCAAGCGGGCAAUUAUGCAAAGCGGAGCCCUUAUGUUCAAUAAACACCGAUCCCUAGUGACUACAGCCGAGGCCUUAAGUAAAGCCAAACAAUUUGCCCGACAAUUAAAUUGUAGUGAUCCACACAAAUGGUUGGACUGUUUGCGGGAUAUUAAGGACCCGAACCUAUUCAGUGAAUCCUAUGACACGUCCAACACUUAUGGCGCCUCUAAUGCCGUAUUUGGCACUCAAUUUCUGCCUCUUUUGCCGCAAAAGGCAUUUGAAACACACGCUUAUAGUUCAGGUGAAUAUCAAGGAAAUUCAUUUGAGAUGAACAUUUUAACUCUGCUUUAA